CCGCCUAUAUUUUUAUGAGUCAGAGUCACGUUCAGUACAACUCAAAUUAUCUUUUAAAAGAAUGAGUAGUGAAGGAGGAGGUAAUAAUGGCCAGCAAGAUCGAGAAGACAGUGACCUUCUUACCAUUAGACCAUUGGGAGCUGGACAAGAAGUGGGACGGUCGUGUAUAAUGCUUGAAUUUAAAAACAAGAAAAUAAUGUUGGAUUGUGGUAUUCAUCCUGGUUUAUCUGGUAUGGAUGCACUUCCUUACACUGACAUGAUUGAAUCAGACGAAAUUGAUCUGUUACUAAUUACACAUUUUCACUUGGAUCAUUGUGGUGCUUUACCAUGGUUUCUAGAAAAGACCACAUUCAAAGGGAGGGUAUUCAUGACUCCAGCCACUAAAGCUAUCUACAGAUGGCUAUUGUCUGAUUAUAUUAAAGUCAGUAACAUAUCAAGUGACCAUAUGCUGUACACUGAGAAAGACCUGGAGAAGAGUAUGGACAAAAUUGAAAUUAUUAACUUUCAUCAGGAAGUCGAUGUUAGUGGCAUUAAAUUCACAGCAUAUAAUGCUGGGCAUGUCUUAGGAGCAGCAAUGUUCAUGAUAGAGAUUGCUGGAGUUAAA